AUGCUUCUUGGUCUCGACCUGGGUGGCCCUACUAGGGAUGGGACUACUACCCCUGCUGUAGAUGCAGAAAUAAUACCAGUACAGCUUGCCACACAGGAUUUGCACGUUACUCCCGCUACCUCCGGCAUUGUCCAACAGGAUAGCACAGCUGAAGGGACUGUUACCCCUCCAGCACCAAUACCAGCACAGCCUGCCAUGCUGGACCCGCCGCUAGCUACCCAUCCCGUCGAUACUCCCAUUAAACAAAAUAUCGAUACUCUUAAUUCCAUGGGCAAGGAGAUGCAAGAUUAUAUCGUUGGCCCGAUGCCAGUAAAGAACUUUCUCGACAAGUUCCUACCGAACCCUAAAGAUUAUGACAUUUCGGACUUCACUUCCCGCUUCGCUUCGGCCUCCGAUGCUGCAGCAUUUAAUGUGCAAUCCAUUAAGAAAGAGGAGGAUUCUUACGAACCAUUUAUUAACGCAAUGCGACCCUUCGCCCCUCAAUUAACGUUCGUGAACACUUCAAAACAUGCAGACACCAAGAACUGUUCGUCGUUCACAUUCAAUGUCAAGCCAGACGUAUGCGUAUACGCCGACGGAACUUCCCACGGCUGUGAUAUUUUCAAAACUGAAAUCCACAUCGAAUUCAAAUGGAAUGAUGCUCACGACGCAUUCAGCAAACAUCCUGAAGUCGAUGACCCCAUUGUAUCUCAGACCGAUAAGGGCUUUGAUACCUUGGGUCAAAUAACAAGCUACGCUGCUGCUCAGCUCGGUGCUCAAUACCGUACUCACAUAUUCUCUGUCCUGAUCAUCCGUAACCAUGCUCGGAUCAUUAGAUGGGAUAGGGAGGGAGCUAUCGUCAUGGCCACCUUCGAUUAUAACAGCGAACCACACUUAGCUGAUUUCUUCCAUCGUUUCGGACGAGCAUCGCCUGCACUGCGUGGCGUCGAUACUUCCGUAACGCCCGCUAGUGACGAAGAAGCUGCCCUUGCAAGGACGGCGUUAAAACUUGAUGCUACCGUACGCAUGUUCAAAGUUGCAAUCCCUCAGGAUCCUACUGUUGAGGACUCUGACUGGUUGACACUGAUUAUUUCCCAUCCUGUUGCAAAAGGUUUUCCAGUUGUUGGUCGUUGGACUUGCACGUGCCCUGCGUUUGACAUCCUCAAUAACAGGGUUGUGAUGUUCAAGGACUCUUGGCGCAUGUCGAUAAAGGAUGUUCUACCGGAAGGUGAGACUUACAAAUUAUUAAAGUCACACAAUGUUUGCAAUGUCGCGACAUGUAUCGCAUUUCAUGAUGUAAUCCACCCUAUUCCCCAGCAAAACACCCAGACUGUCAAGUUUAGGAGCGCCAAAUGGGCGUGUCCCAACAAAGCUGUCACGCCUCAUACUCUUCACCACCUGGUUCUCGAUCUCGUGGGUGAGAAGUUGACUGACUUCGAGAGCUCUCAUCAACUCGUCCAGUCUGUUCGUGAUGCAUUGCUUGCGCACCAGGAUGCAUAUUCAAACGCAAAAAUAUUACAUCGAGAUCUCAGCGUGGGGAAUAUCGUCAUCUACCGAGGGAAAGGCUUCCUCAUCGAUUGGGACCUGGCAAAACUACUUACCAUUCAGGGUCCUCGACAGACAACCCGCACGGGAACCUGGCAGUUCAUGUCUGCUCACCUCAUCAAGAAUAUUCACGCCAUCCAUAAUGUCGAAGAUGACCUCAAGUCUAGUCUUUAUGUUGUUCUGUGGACGGCCUUAAUGUUCAAGGAGAGCUGCAUAAGCGCCAUUGACUGGACACAAUUUAUGACGCAGGUCUUCGAUGCUGAUCCGGUGCUGGGGUCCGGAGGAUCCGCAAAAUCGAAUUGGCUCGUUGCGAGAACCAACUUUCCACGUUAUAUAUUUGUUGACUGCAGACCGCUCGACAAUAUUGUCUUUGAACUUGCCGAGUUCUUCUCGCAUCGGUACUCCAUGAUCCCCCCCGGGGUACAGGAGAGACUUGUACAGUUGCGGCUCUCAUUGAAGGAAGUUAUGGAUGAAGUUGGGUCUGUGCGCAUGGCUGCACAGCAGAAGAUGAUAGAUGUCACAAAAAGCUGCCUGUUGGAGUCUCCUGCUUUUCAGAAGGAGAUCGGUAUGCAGGUCCUGCAAUUGCACGAGGCCGUCAUCAAUAUUUACGACAGGCACCUUGAGUCAUCCGACUGGCCUGAUAAAGAUGCGGCCAUCCUCCAAAAGUUGCAUCCGAUCGACAAGCCAAACGGACGUCGUCUGUACAUGAAAUCACUAUGUGCCUCGCAGGACACGACACCCGUACGGACACAAGUUACACCAUCUGGUAAGAAACGUAGGCUGGAUCCUGAGGAUAACGUUGAGAUCCUCAGUUUGGUGGCUGGCCUAGAUGACCUCGUAUCCUUCCACCAAUGA